AUCACUUAUCCGUUUCCUUCUAGAGGUAGAUAUAUAAAAGGGCUGUUCUCUCCGAUUUGCGCUUUUUAAAAGUGUUACUUGGUCCACGAGCUUCGUCGAAAAUACAAGUUAAACUUCUUCUGGCACGUGAACACGAAAUUCGCGCUGGUAUCAUGAUACCGUUGCAGAUACUCAGGCGUUUAUUCGUGCUGAUUAUCAUUGCGAGCAAUAUAAAACAUGGAUAUUCAGGGCCUAUGGACGCGCAAGAAGCAAAUGAGGAGGAGGACAUGCUGGAUGAUGCGCCAGAUUCAGUGGUCGGCGGCUUCUACAAUGUUAAAAGCAGCAAAGGAGGAAAACGCGUAUUCGCAGGGGGUUGUGCACGUAGACCAGGCGCGCCUGUAAACGGCAAAAUAAAAUGUUCUCUGGACAGCGGUUGUAUCGCAAGUUGUGCACCGGAUUACAAAUUUCCGAACGGCGCACUUCAACUGACAAUUACUUGCGUUGAUAAGGAAUGGCACAUUGGAGGAACCGAGUGGAACUCGAUACCACAUUGUGAACCGAUCUGCAUGCCGGAAUGUCAAAAUAAGGGGAUAUGCGUUGCGCCUCAUCAUUGCGACUGUCCUACCCACUUUACUGGCCCGCAGUGCCAAUUCGAAGAUAAACCGUGUCUGAAUUAUUCUCCGCCCGUGCUCAAUUCCUAUAAAAGAUGUAAUUCGAAAACAUGCACCAUAUCCUGUAUGGAACAUUUUACUUUUCCUGACGGCUCAUCGGUCGCUAAUCUAAUCUGCAAGAACGGGAGUUGGAUGCCAACCAGAAGCGACUGGGUCUCAAUUCCGGAUUGCGAACCUGUGUGUGAUCCACCCUGUCAAAAUGGUGGCAAUUGUCUGCCGAUGAAUGUAUGCCAAUGCCCGCAGGAUUAUCGGGGACCUCAGUGUCAAUACUCUGCCGAUGUUUGCGAUGCCGAGAAACUACACUUCAAUGGUGGAUAUCACUGCAGAGAUUCCGGCGACACGUAUUCCUGCACGCUGUACUGUCCAUCGGGAAUAGAAUUCGAGUUCCCAGCUUCCUCAGUUUACAUUUGCACCUACGACAAGGGGAUCUUUGAACCGCAGCCCGUACCGCAAUGCAAGGUCGAAAAUAACAUCAAGAUUAUCUCAUACGGCACCUUCCACAACACCUACGUACGGGAAUCGAAUCACUCCUGGUCAAUGGAAAAUGUUUACGACGCCAAAAUGAAGCAGGAGAUUUAUGGUGAAAAUUACAGGAUUCACGGCAGUGAUGCGUCUUCACAUCCAAUUCGAUUUAAUACUCAGGACGAUCGCGUAAUGGUAUUUGAGAUGAGUCGAUCGAGACCGAAGACGUGCUUUACCUGGGGAGGCACGCACUACAAGACCUUCGACGAUAGAAUCUACAGCUUCGAUAGCGGCUGCUCGCACACGCUUCUUCGAGAUACGCAAGACGGUGUUUGUACAAUCAUCGCGUCGAAUGGCCCGGGCUGCAGAACCGGAUCGGAUCGUCAUUGCUCCAAGAUCGUGAAACUGUUCGUGCAUGACAAGAAGUACGUACUCACCAGCGACGAUACAGGUAUGCCGAUGUUUUCCAACGACAAACGAUCGCUGCCGAUACCGGUGUACUUGCCUGGAUUGCGCGUGGACAAGUCCGCGCAUUUCAUCCUCGUCUCCCUCGACUCGCUGGGCGUGAAGCUGAAGUGGGACGGCGCCUUGCUACUGCAGAUUGAGGCUUCCGAGAGUAUGUGGAACAAAACGGCUGGUCUGUGCGGUACUAUGAAUGACGAUCCGAACGACGAAUUCUUAAUGAAGAGCGGAAGUUACGCUGAAACUGUACCGGCGUUGGCAAGUUCCUGGCGCGUCAAAAGUUUCGAAGAACCAUGCGACGAUUAUCCGAGUGUACAACACGCGUGUGAAUCGAGAGAUGAAUUUGCUCAUGAUGCCUUCCAGUUCUGCACUAAGUUACUCUCGAACCAUAAAUUCAAGGCUUGCGCUGAUACAAUCAAUCUUUCUGAACUGGCCGAUGCAUGCUUGUGGGAUUAUUGUGCAUGCAAACACGAUGACAGAAGGAAAUGCGCUUGUGAUACCAUGGAUGUUUAUAUUCGCCAAUGCGCUUACAAAGGAAUCGCGCGAUUAACCGCGUGGAGAAACGAUGAUACUUGUCCGAUUACCUGUGACAGUGGACGAGUGUACAUGUCAUGCGGUCCAAAGGUGGAAGCGUCUUGUUCGUCCGGCAUCGAAGCGACGAGCGAGAGUUCCGAGUGCGAGGAAGGUUGUUUCUGUCCGGCAGGCACCUUGGAGCACCAAGGCAAAUGCGUCUCUCCGGAGGAAUGCCCGUGCAGAUUGAGAGGCAAACUGUUCCAACCAGGCACGAGCGUGCCGAAGGGCUGCAACACUUGCACGUGCACUUCCGGCAAGUGGGUGUGCACGCAAAUACGAUGCGGUGCCAGAUGCGCCGUCUUGGGCGACCCGCAUUAUACCACGUUCGACGGCAAGCAUUACGAUUUCAUGGGAAAAUGCAAAUAUUACUUGAUGAAGGGGGAAAAUUAUACGAUCGAGAGCGAAAACGUCCCGUGUUCCGGAACGAUAUCCGAGAGAAUGGGCUUUGCCUCUACAGACUCCCCGUCGUGCGUCAAAGCUGUUAUAGUCACUUUCAGGGAUACCUCUAUAAAAUUAAAGCAGAAUCGCCAGAUCACGAUAAAUGGUGAUGAGGUAAUGAAGUUCCCGAUGCUAUUUGAUGGUGCCCGAAUACGAAUUGCAAGCAGCAUAUUUAUGGUGAUUCACCUGCCAAAUGCUUUGGAAGUGUGGUGGGAUGGUGUAUCACGCGUUUAUAUUAACGCUCCUGCUGAAUUUCACGGUAGAACGAAAGGACUUUGCGGAACGUUUACCGAAAAUCAAAAGGAUGAUUUUAUAACGCCUGACGGUGAUAUAGAACCUGCGGCGAUUGCUUUCGCCAAUAAAUGGAAGACAAGUGAAUAUUGCGUUGAUGAGUCCGAGAGCGAACCAAAACAUCCCUGCGAGUUGAAUCCUCAAAGGCGAGCAACCGCGGAAGAACACUGUUCCAAGAUACAUAGUGAUAUUUUCUCAGAUUGCCAUUGGUAUGUCGAUCCGACGGAAUUUCAUCGGGACUGCAUGUACGACAUGUGCGCGUGCGACGCUGAUAUAAAAUCGUGCCUCUGCCCCAUGCUAGCAGCAUAUGCGAAAGAUUGCGCGGCGCUCGGUGUGAAACUUUCGUGGCGUACUGAAAUCGGCGAGUGUAAAAUUCAUUGCAGCGGCGGACAGACCUAUCAAAUCUGUGGAAACAGUUGCGCAAGAUCGUGCGCGGACAUCUCCUUUUAUCGGGACUGCAAGCAGGAGUGCGUGGAAGGUUGCAAUUGUCCAGACGGCCAGACGUUAGACGUGAACGGCGAGUGCAUCCCGAUCGCUCAGUGUCCCUGCAUGCACGCGGGUCGCGAGUACAAGCCUAAUCAUCGAGAAGUCCGCCCGGGCAACAAGGGACAAGAGUUUUGCUCUUGUGUAGGCGGCGUAUGGGAGUGCCGGUUGGCAACGCCAGACGAGAUUCGAGAUUAUUCACCGGUCACGGAACUGCUUUCCGUUUGCCAGGCUGGCAAGCAUCUGGAGGUGACGGACUGCGAGCCGACGAACCAGAGAACUUGCAGCAACAUGCACAUACGGAACGACCAAACGCCAUCGGUGUGCACGUCUGGUUGCAUCUGCAAAUCCGGAUAUGUCUUAGAUGCGCCGAAUGGUGCAUGCAUCAAAGAAGAGGACUGUCCUUGUCAUCACGGCGGAAAGAGCUACAAACAAGGCUCGGUUAUACAGGCCGAGUGUAAUACUUGCAUGUGCGAGGGCACCAAGUGGAAGUGCACGGACAGAAUUUGUGCAGGAGUCUGUUCUGUAUGGGGCGAUUCGCAUUAUAAGACAUUUGAUGGUAAAACAUAUGAUUUCCAAGGUGUAUGCGACUAUGUCCUAGUGAAGAGUGCCCUGAAUAAGGAAGAUUGUUUCGAUGUCUCGAUUCAGAACGUACCCUGCGGUACAAAUGGAGUUGCAUGCUCGAAAUCGAUUAAGCUCACGAUUGGCAGCGGUGAACAACAGGAAGAGCUAGUUUUAACCAAAGGGAAAGCGCUACCUAAGGGACCUUUUAAGAGACUGUCGAUAAGGACCGCUGGUCUCUUUGUAUUCGUUGACGUGCCAGAUUUAGGAUUGGUUUUACAAUGGGACAAGGGUACCAGAGUCUACGUAAGAUUAAACCCGGAAUGGAAGGGUCGCACGAUGGGUCUAUGUGGCGACUACAACAACAACGCCGAGGACGACUUUAAGACACCAUCCGGCGGGAUAUCCGAGGCUUCCGUUAAUCUGUUCGGCGACUCGUGGAAAAAGGAUACGUUUUGUCCCGAACCGAAGGACGUGCAGGGUGAUGCCUGCGAGCAACAUCCAGAACGUAAACUGUGGUCGUUACGGCAAUGCGACGUGCUGAAGUCGCCGUUAUUCUCGCCGUGUCACUCAGAAGUGGAGGUCGAAUCAUACCUGCGCAAUUGCAUCUUCGACGCGUGCAGCUGCGACGCCGGUGGCGACUGCGAGUGCCUGUGCACAGCGUUAGCCGCGUACGCGCACGAAUGCAACGUACGGGGUGUUCCCGUGAAGUGGCGAACGCAAGAGCUCUGCCCAUUACAAUGCGACGAAAAAUGCAGCACGUAUUCACCCUGCGUCUCGACCUGUCCACGUGAGACGUGUGAUAAUUCUAUGACCGUAAAAGACGGCUCACAUCUGUGCGCGGAGGAUACGUGCGUGGAGGGCUGCCAGUUCCAGCCUUGUCCCGAAGGCCAAGUGUACCGAAAUUCCAGUUACACUGAAUGUAUACCCAGAUCGACGUGCGCGAAACCUUUCUGCACUGAGCUCAAUGGGGUGACAUACUACGAGGGUGAUAGAAUCAGUGGCGAUGAUUGCCACAGCUGCUUUUGCAGCCGCGGCAGAGUGACCUGCAAGGGAGAAGCUUGUACCAGCAUCGCCACUACCACUGCUAUUACUGCUGCUGGAGCAGAGCCCCAGAAAUGCGUGGACGGCUGGACCACGUGGAUCAACAAGGAUCCAAUGGUGAAAGGGAAGAAGUUCUUGGACGUAGAGCCGUUGCCCAAUUCGAUGGAUCUCGCCAACGCAAACGGACUCGCAGUUUGCGAUAGGAAGCACAUCGUUGAUAUAAGAUGCAGAUCCGUCAAGGGACACUUGAGCCCGAAGGAGACCGGCCUGGACGUGGAGUGCAGUCUGGAGCGUGGCUUGUAUUGCCAAUCACACCCGAAUCUUCCUUGCAUGGACUUCGAGAUUAGCGUGUUGUGCCGCUGCUCCGAAUCGACUACGCACGGUGUCGAAAACGUGACAACGGAGGUCAGCACGGUGACCGGGGAGAAACAAGGUCUGAAAUGCGAUGUAGCGAAUCCCAAUUCACCACAUCCGACGAACUGUCAGCUGUUUUAUCAGUGUGUUCCCACAUCGACGGGGCACGAACUGGUGGAAAAGUCGUGCGGUCCCGGCACUCUUUACAAUUCGGAGACCCAGACAUGUGAUUGGCCGACGGAGGUUUUACGCACGCGACCAGAAUGUUCAGCAUCCGGACGAACUACGCCAACCAGCGGCAAAAUCGAGUGGAGCAGCAACACUGGCAGCCACUACGAGAACACGGUGUCGACUACGGUGAAAAAAAUCGUAUCGACCACGAACGUGUGCAAGGACGGCGAGGCGUGGAGCGAAUGCGCGAUCCAGUGCGACAGAGCAUGCCAAUACUAUCGUCACAUCCUGAUGACGCAGGGUCAUUGUGGCGAAGGUACCAAUUGCGUUUCCGGAUGCGUCCCGAUCGACCGACCAACGUGUCCCUCACACACUUUCUGGAGAGACAGUGUCACUUGCGUGGAGGCGAGUCACUGCUCUUGUAGGUCCCACGAUGGAAGCUCGGUCGCGCCCGGUGCUAUCAGGAAGGAGUCCGACUGCGAGACCUGCCAAUGCAUCAAUAAUUAUUACACAUGCGACACGACUUUCUGCUAUAGCAUCUCGGGUCAUGAAGUGACGGUAGGGACGGGAAAGGGACCGGAAACAACUGUUACCGCGCAACCACCGCUCAGUACAACCUCUGAAAACACUUGGGGGACAUCACCAGUCACCUCGUCAUCCGUCGAAACAAUCCUUCUACACAGCACGGUCACUCCACCCGGGGAAUGCGAUGAUGCCGACUACGUACCGCUGAUACAAAAUCUGCGGAAGGAAGUGACUGUCCAUACUAGCAGCAGUAAGAAGCCCGUUUUAUUAUCCGAGGACCUGUUAGUACAGACGGAAGGAACAUUGCUGCUACCCAAGAAGUUCUGGGAACCCGAGACGACGAACGCAAAUCAGUGGCUUGACAUCGAGUUCAAUAAACCUGAACCGAUUUACGGUGUGAUCUUGCAAGGCGGCGUUUCCGAAGAUAAAUUCGUAACCAGUUACAGGAUGCUCUUCUCGGAGGACGGCCAGACCUUCUCAUACGUGCUCGAUCAUGAAAAACAUCCACGUGUGUUCAGAGGGCCCGUCGACAAGGUCCAGUCCGUGAAGCAAAAAUUCUAUCAACCGGUGGAGGCGAGGGUUGUUCGCAUCAAUCCGCUGACGUGGCACAACGGGAUUGCGAUCAAAGUGGAAGUACUGGGUUGUCAGGAUCGCGCGAUGUCAAUGACUACGAUGAAGACAACAACUUCCGAGAAGAUCGUGCGACCGGUGUGCGAGGAUCCGAUGGGAUUGGACAACGGACUGAUGACCAUCCAGCAGGUCUCGGUGUCGAGCUCGCCGCAGCUGGUUCAACAUCUUCGGUUAUCCGUGGAAGGUGCGUGGCGCGCGGCUUUGGACAAUCCUCAUCAAUACGUUCAAUUUGACUUCCUGGAGGCUCGAAAUCUGACCGGAGUCACGACCAAGGGUGGCGACGGCGCUUGGACGACUGCUUACAAAAUAUUCUACAGCAACGACGAACGUCACUGGAAUCCGGUUGUCGAUGAGAACGGCGUCGAGAAGGUGUUCCUCGGCAAUUUCGACGCGGAAAGCCGACGGACGACAUUCUUCGAGAGGCCGUUGCACGCGAAAUUCCUGAGGAUACAACCCGUCAAGUGGCACAAUCACGUCGCGUUGAAGGUCGAAGUUCUGGGCUGCUAUUUAUCGUAUCCUGUACCAAUAACAACGACAGCCAAAUCGACAACAAUAUCCGUCGAUCGAGAGUGCAAUGUGUGCGAUGGGAUCGAUCAAACGUCGAACGACGAAGGCUGCAGAUGCGAGGAUCUCCACUGGUGGGACGGAGAGUCGUGCGUACCGAAGCGGGAGUGCCCUUGCGUAGUCGGGCAUAUUCCUUACGCGGUAGGAAGCAUGUAUGAGACGGAGGAUUGCCAGCAAUGCGUGUGCUCCUUCUCCGGAACAGCUGCGUGCUUACCGAAGAAGUGCGAGCCUUGCUCGAAGCCAGGCCUGCGAUCUGUCGUCGGCGAACUGUGCGCUUGCCUCUGCAAACCUUGCCCAGCGGGCACCAGGCACUGUGCUACGAGCGACGUGUGUAUAAACGAGACUGCAUGGUGCGACGGCGUUCAGGAUUGUCCGGAUGACGAGACAGAUUGUCCAAAGAUAAUUUCCACGACUCCUAUCGCGACCGAACAAUCUCCAGGGACAAUCAAGCAGGAAAUCACGACUGUCGGUCCUACUCCAGUUGGUCCGCUGCCAUGCGAGAAACCGAUUUGUCCACCCGGUUACAGAGUAGUUUUCAAAAAGGCGUCCCGGCUGUACGAUAAGUCGCAACACAAUGUUAAGACUAAUGUAAAAUCCAAAGGUCACAAAGGUUUCACAAAGACGAAGGGACAGAGGAAGCAUCCAUUCCAUGAUCGUCCGAUGAAGGACCAAGAUCGUCAACUAGCAACGGAGAACGUCCAAUGCCCUGAGUUUAUUUGCGUGCCUGCUAGCCCUCCUGUCUAUCCCGGCGAGGAAAAGCCAGUAAAGUGUCCAGAAGCGUUCUGCCCGCCGGAUUAUGAGGUAGUGUACGAGAAGAUGAGCAUGUAUAAGAUGCGCAAGUGUCCUAAAUACAUUUGUCGACCGUUGUCACCGCAAGAGGCGAUCUGCAACGUCACGGGCAGAACGUUCAACACAUUCGACAAUAUGGAGUACAAGUACGAUAUCUGCAAUCACAUUCUAGCCCGGGACAUGUACGGUAACGAGUGGUACGUCACGCUGGAGAAGCUGUGCGUCGACUCGUACGGGCAACGGUCCUGCACGCGGAUCCUGGCGGUGAUGCUGAACGAGCACGCGAUCGUGCUCUACCCGGAUCUGCACGCGGACAUAGACGAGUAUACCUUCACGGCCAAGCAGAUUGUGCGACUCGGAAAUCGUUUCCCCGGCUUCGAGCUUUCGCGCACGGGCGACAAGAUUAUCUUUGUCUCACACCGCUAUGGCUUUUGGGUGAUCUGGGACUCGGGCACCAACGUGAAGAUCGGCGUCGCCGCUAAACUGGCUGGACGCGUGGAUGGCCUGUGCGGAUACUUCGACGGUAAUAUUGCGAACGAUCGCCAGACACCCGAAGGUACCCAAGCGAGGAGCACCGUUCAGUUUGGAGAUAGCUGGGCGAUGGAAGACACGGAAUGCGAUCUGCACGUGUGUCCGCGUGACGUUCAGAAGCAGGGUUGGACAAUCUGUAACUCCGUGAAGAGUCCGAUGUUAUUGGACGCGUGCUCAGCAGUCGUCGACGUCGACAGGUUUGUGUCUCGCUGCGUAGAGAGCAUGUGCUCUUGCCUAUCUACUUCUAACAGCUCUUACGAAGGCUGCCGGUGUCUUCUGCUGACGAGCUUUGUCGGCGAGUGCGAAGCUGCCAUCGGUCCUGGCGCCGAUCAGUUGUCGGAUUGGAGAACCGCUUACGAUUGUCCCGCGAGCUGCCCGUCGCCGUUUAUUCAUCGGGAUUGCUUCCGCAGCAAAUGCGAGAUCACCUGCGAUAAUCUGCACGAGGUGGAACCGUGUCCGGCAAUGCGGGGCGUUUGCUUCCCCGGCUGCUUCUGCCCGGACGGCCUGGUGCGUCGAGACAACGAGUGCGUGCCGCCAGCGCAGUGUCGGGACUGCGUGUGUGAUGGCCUUGGCGACGCCAAAUUCAUCGGCUUCAAUCGCAAGGACUUCAGAUUCGCUGGCAAUUGCACUUACCUGCUUUCAGGGAAUGUGGAGAACGCGAAGAGUCCGGACGGGACUCGCGCGUAUCAAAUCUUGAUCACUAACGGGUAUUGUGUUACCGGCACGUGCACGGAGGCUAUCACGCUGCUCUACGAGAAGCACGUGGUGCAAAUCAAGCGCGCGGAACGUUCGAAAGAUCUACGGGUGACGAUUGAUGAUUCCCAAGUGAACAAAUUCCCGCACAACCGCACAUGGAUUGUUUUAGAUCGAAUGUCCGUUGGAGAUGUGACUCUGCUCAUACCGUCUAUCCAAUUGGAACUCGUCGCCUUUCAACAGAAUUUCGCGUUUACCUUGAAACUUCCUUCGCAUAUCUUUAGCGAUGAUACCGAGGGUUUGUGCGGCAACUGCAAUGCCGAUGCCGAAAGUGGUUUCAAGAAACGCAACGGGGAGAUCACCGAUGACGCCGAGGAGUUCGGCAGAUCCUGGUUAGUCGAGGAUCUGUCAACGCAGUUGGGCCUGAACGAUCAGACAUGUUCCAGCAAUCGUCAACCUCAGUGUACGCCACCGCUAGCGGAAGAAGAUCCUUGCACAAAGAUUCUUCUAGAUUUAGCGGCGUUCGAGCAGUGUUACAGCAUUGUCGACCCAAAACCAUAUUUAGAUUGCUGUCACGAUGCGUUGUGCACCGGCGGAAACUAUUGCGACAGCAUAAAGAUGUAUGCGAGGAAGUGUUCGGAAGCUGGAUUAUGUCUAGAUUGGAGAACCGAUGAAAUCUGCCCUUACGAAUGUCCUAAGCAUCUCGUCUACCAAGCAUGCGGGUCCAGCUGCAAAGAAACAUGUAAUACUAUAAAAGAUUCGGACAAUCUUAACUGCGCAUCUGCUCCUGUGGAAGGAUGCUUUUGCCCAGUGGAUCACGUAUUCUACAAUGAUUCCUGCAUACCGAAGAAAGAUUGCUUCGUCUGUGACAAGGAUGGUCAUGUACAGGGAGAUAUCUGGCAUCCGGAUAAAUGCACCGAAUGCAAUUGCAAUGAUGGGGUUGUAAACUGCCAAACGAUGGAAUGUCCUGUGUUGGACACGAUCUGCGAGGAAAAUAUGACACCUGUACUUAUCAAUGGAACGGAGGAAAGAUGUUGCAAUAAAUAUUUGUGCGCUCCAAAACCAACAGCACCUACAAUAUGUGUUGAGUCACAGGAGCCGGAAUGUGGCUUUGGCCAGAAAAUGAAAGCGAUUAUCGACGCUGAUGGUUGCCACAAAUUUAUAUGUCAAUGCUUGCCUGCAAGUGAAUGUCCUAUUUUCGACAAUUUUACAAACGAAGUUGAGCAACUGCAACCUGGUUUCACACAGAUAAUGAAUACAUCCGGUUGCUGCCCGCGGCCAACUAAAAUAUGCGAUCCGAGAAUUUGUCCCCCUGUACCGAACUGUCCGGAUUACUACAACGCUGUUACAACGAUGCUUGUAGACAGUUGUUGUCCCACUUACGAAUGUGUGCCUCCGAAGGACGUUUGUCUUUAUAACGAAGACCAAGGCAAGCAACAAGUGAUAGCGAAAAAAAUUGGUGAAGAAUGGAAGGAUGGUAAAUGCAAAACAUGCGUGUGCGAGAGUUCGAAUGAUGGUCCUAAAGCUAAUUGUUUAUUCACGGAAUGUUCAAAUAUGAGCGUGCACCCUGAUAUAGACGAUUAUGUGUUGGAAGAAAUAGUAUUGGAUGAUAAAUGCUGUCCAAUCUUUGAACGUAUUGCCUGCAAAUGGAACAGUAAAAUAUACCAAGUUGGCGAAACUUGGAAGCCCAAUGCUGAAAAUGCUUGUCUCACGAUGCAAUGUGACAAAGAUUCGGAUGGUAUUCAGCUAUUAAAUAAAGUCCAAGAAUGUGAUACCACUUGUGACUAUGGGUACAAAUAUCAGGAGCCUUAUAAUACCAGUGUUAAUUGCUGUGGUACAUGUAUCCAAGUUGCGUGCAUUGUAAAAGGCACGCUUAAAAAUAUAGGAGAACAAUGGUAUUCGAACGAUCAUUGCAUAACGUAUCUUUGCGAAUCCGCAAAUGGAAGUGUGUACCUACAAGCAAAUACUGAGACUUGCCCGGAAAUCGAUCCGCAAAUGGAAUUCGAUUUCGAGAUAGAAGCACGCAAAAUUCCAGGGAGAUGUUGUCCGGAAAUUGUUAAAACAGCUUGUCACAAUGACGGAAAAUUAUAUAAACCUGGAGAAACGUGGAAAUCCCUUACAGAUAGCUGCGUCAUUGAGACAUGUGUGGGUGGUCCAAAUAUAACGAAACGCAAAGAAGUUGAAGUGUGUUCAAAACAGUGUGCGCAAGGAUGGUCGUAUCAGGAACCAGAAGAUGGUAAGUGUUGCGGGGAAUGCAAGCAAGCGUUUUGCGUGCUUCAGGAUACUCUAUACGCGCCUGGCAUGACAUGGUCGUCUGAUGAUAAUUGCACCAUAUACACGUGUAUGGAAACUAACGAACAGUUAUCUCUCGCCGUGAGUCCAGCUGCUUGCCCAGAUGUAACAGAUUGCCCUGACAAAUUGAUUUAUCAUGAUCAAUGCUGUAAACGAUGUAACAUAAGCACUAAUAUAAAAGAUCAAGUUAAGGAAACAUGCGAGGCAAUUUUCAUGGAUGCAAACAGUACUGUAGGCAUGCUGGUUGUAAAUCAUCCGUUAUUUGGGAAAUGUAAAAACGUGGAUGCUAUUGAGGGUGUUAAACGAUGCAGCGGAUCAUGCCAGUCUUCAACAUUCUUUGACAAUGAAAAUUGGAAUCAAGUGAACGAUUGUCAUUGCUGUCAAGUGAAGGAAUACAUGGGUAUCGUUGCUAAUUUGAUAUGCGAAGACGGCAGAAGAUUGAGGAAACAAUUAACAAUUCCGCGUUCUUGCUCUUGCCAAAAUUGUGCUUCCUCGGACAUUAAAAACGAAAAUAAGAAGACAAAGACCAAGGGUUAAUCUAUGAAAGGCUAUGCUGGCUUGGCCACAUUUAUUUUUUAUUCAUGUAUUUUUAAAUAAUAAAAUAUACUCUUGUAUUCUAAUAUGCAAAAUAA